AUGUCCACGUGCCAAGCAAGCUUCCCCAGCUAUGUCAACAAGGCACUGUUCAAGAACACCAAGAGCAGCCUGGCUCUCAAGUUUGUUUCGGACUGGGAUGUCGCGGAUUGCCAGUCGCACGCCGAAGACGACACGUGCAUGCUCUACUUCCCGCCAGAUAUCGAGCUGCUCUACGACGAUGCCAUUGAAGCGACGCUGGCUCGGGCCAUGCAAUCCUGGUCCUUCUUUACGCUCAUGCCCUCCAAGAUGGCGAAGCUCGCCACUGAAAUGUCGCAUUUCUGCGCUCUGAAAGCGCCGCUCAACUACGAGAGGAGGAUUCUACUUCACCACCACCUGGCAUGGGUCUUUUUGAUGGACGAAGUCGUCGAAAAGCUUCCGCUACACGGCUUGCACGACACAGCCGGGAAGCAGUUUAUUGAAGCAUUGAAGGGCGUCAUGGUGGGGGAGGCCGUUGCCGACUUGGCCGAGUUCAAGGGUUCCUGUCCGGACGAGCUGCUUCGGAUUGCUGUACUCUCCCAGCGUAUCCUCGCGGAGGAUCUGAUGCCUCUGAAGCGGAGGCUUCUGCCGGCUCACCAUGUACGAGCAUGCACUCAGGCCCUUGCCCAAUUCUUUGAUUUCCAGUAUGAAGAAGGAAAGAAGUUCUGCGACGAGCAUCCGUCAAGCGAGAUACUCCAGACCAGGGUCGUCACGGUGGGCGGCUUGGUGCCGAUGCUCCUGGCCAUGGAACCUGAGCAGGCAAAUCUGCACACAGUUGAAGAUGCAGGCCUCGCUCAGCUGUCGCUGUUGAUGACGUACAUGAACGAUAUCAUUGGUCUUUAUAAAGAUCUUGAGGCAGUCGAGCGACGGGAUGAUGGCUCUGCCCAUUUGAACCUGAUUUCUUGA